CUUUAAAUUAUUUUGUACUCGUACUUGUGAAACAAAAAAAAAAAAAAAAAAAAAUUAAAAUAUAGCACCCCUCCCUGUCUUUCUUCCAUUGAAGCAACUACACUGAAUUCUCCAUUGAAGCGGCUUGUGAGAUUUCUCUCCUUCACUGAACCGCUGUGCUUGCUAUCAAGAAAAUUCUGUUAAUUUAUCAUCUCCCUGCUGAAUUUCGUAUUUGGCAUCUGGUUAAUGGCAGGCAAUGGCCUGCCAACAUUGGGCCGCGUAAAGCUUUCUGAUCUUGUAGCCAAAGAAGGCCUUCCUUCUGAUUCCUACAAAGUAUCCGUAUCGACUUUAUGUCAGUCAUUAGCCCAGUAUUCUGCUGCCAUUGUUCAGCUCCCUGUUGGGGAUGGUGCUCUAUUACGAUCUUGUAUGGAAUCUGCGCGUCUCUACUUUCACCAUAGACCUUCAUAUCCCUCUGAAGAUAUGAUUCAUACCAAUGAGUCUAGAGAGUGGUGCAAAACAUCUGGUUAUUAUGCAGAUCCUCAGCUCUGGCAAGAAAGUUAUGACUUUCGACCAGGGUUGACACCGACAGAAUUAGGAAACGAAAUUGAUUUUUCUCCAGCUGGUUUGGUUGAUAUUUUUGCGCUGCUAGGAAAAGCAGCUAGAGAAAUAUUAGAUGCCAUAAGCUUUAAUUUGAGCUUGCGCAGCUCACCUUUUACUGAGAUUCUUGAUAAUGUACCUCUGAGAAGCAGAGAAGUAUCCUCCUCCGUCCUGUCUGUCUGCUGUCAAGCUAGGCCUACAUUUCACGGAGCACAACAUCAUAAUUUGACAAGCCAAGAAGAUGGUAGUUUGAUCAUGUUUUCUGAGCAUGAACAUCCCGCAGACAAGAGUUUAAUAUCUAUUGUGAAGUCAGAUAAGGCAGGUUUGCAUAUAAGGGAUUUCCAGGGUCAAUGGAUUCUUGUGGAUGGAGAUCUUGGUCCACAAGAAGCAGUGAUUUAUCCUGGACUAGCAUUGUAUCAGGCAACUGCUGGUUACAUCAACCCUGCACUUCAUAGGAUUGAAAUCAAUAAUCCCCAGAGUAACAUUCAUGGGCGAUGUUCUGUAACAUUUAAACUUAUGCCAAAAUCAAUGACCAAUCUUAGUUGUUCAGAGAUGAGAGCUGCUGGUCAUGGAGUUGAAGCACAGUUUCAGCUUCCGAUACCAGUAGAUGAUUUUAUGCAAAGACCACAUCCUACCGAUAAUCAUGUUAACCGACAAAGUGUGCCAAGUUUUAAUUUCCCACAUGCGCAUGACGGAUCAAUGAAGCCUUUAAUUAAGAGAAGGAAGAAUGACACAAAGUGCAAACCAUUGCCACCUUCUAAGAGGUUAAGGCUUGAGGCACAAAGAGUUCUCAAAGAGAGAGUUCAAGACAUUGCAGAUAAGAAGGGCAUCAAGCUGAGAUUCUGCAGCCUGAAAGAGUGUGAAAGUCAUAUUCAUUCACUCGACAGCCCUUGUGCUAAUAUAAGAAUGGAGAUUGGGUGGCCUCCAGGGGUCCCAUUUGUUCAUCCUCAUGAUCUGCCUAACAAAGCAAAGAUAGGUUUUCUUGAAGCUUAUGAACCUGGUUGGACAAUAACGCAUGACAUGGAGCUAAGUCUCAUAGAUCCUGGGCAGUCAACUCAACAUUCUGGCCACUGAUACUCAAAAGGUAGCCUGGUUUGGUCAUAGAUCUUCUCUUUGCGUGGAAAAACAUCUCCAUGUUGUCUACCAUGAUGCGGCAGCUUAUCUUCUUGGCCACUGGCAACUGCAAAUCUUGGUGGCACUGAAUUUGAUGAAUUCUUCUGAUAUCUGGGCCAAUAGCAGCUAACUUCAGAUCCCAGCAGAUCUCAUGCCAGUUUUAGUAGUAUCAUAUCAUGCUCCUUCUUGCCCUACUCCUGCCCAUUUCAGCGGGAUGUUAAUGUAAAAUUAUCUAUAAAAGUUGGUAAUUGAUAAGUUAGCUAUUGGUCUCUCACUGUUUCAUGAUACAAUACGUGUGAUGAGGCUUCUACUUCUAUUUUGUUGCAUUGGUGAUGAGUGUCAUUUAUGGAUUUGCAGUUGUUGAUUGGUUUGAAUUGUGAUUCUCCUAGUUUGUUAUUUAUAGAGGAAACCUAGCUUAACGAUUAAGAGAUAGGUCUUUGAUUCCAAUUUAUAGCUCUUAUCAUUAGUCUUCGCAACCAUUGAUUAAUUUAACA